AUGUUUCCAUUCAGGAACACCUUUGUGAACAGUCUCAAAACUGUCUUAUCCAAACAGGCAAGGAAUUUUAGGGUGGGGAGGACAUGCUCAGGAUCUGUGAAUUUGAAGGGACGCAGUUUUCUGACCCUGAAAGACUUCAACCCAGAUGAGAUGAAGCACAUCCUGUGGGUAUCUGCUGACCUGAAGCAUCGACUCAAGCGUGAAGGACAGUAUCUUCCUCUCCUGCAAGGCAAAUCUAUUGCCAUGAUAUUCGAGAAGAGAAGCACUAGGACCCGCAUGUCAACUGAAACAGGGUUCACUCAGUUGGGUGGUCAUCCAUGUUUCCUCACCCCUCAGGACAUUCACCUGGGUGUAAAUGAGAGCACAAAAGACACAGCCAGAGUGCUCUCAAGCCUGACUGAUAUUGUAUUAGCCCGGGUGUACAGCCAUUCUACUUUGGAGCAGUUGGAUAAGGAAGCCUCUGUACCAAUCAUCAAUGGCCUCUCUGAUCUUUACCAUCCUAUACAGAUACUAGCUGAUCUGCUCACUCUGCAGGAGCAUUAUGGUUCUUUGAAGGGGCUGACAGUGUCUUGGAUAGGUGAUGGAAACAAUGUCCUCCACUCCCUCAUGAUGUCAUUGGCCAAACUGGGUGUCAAUCUGAGAAUAGCCACACCAAAGGGUUAUGAGCCAGAUGCUAACGUCACUCAGGAGGCACUGCGUCUCUCUAAGCAGUUUGGGACAGAGUUGCACGUAUUUUCAGAGCCAAUGGAGGCAGCUCAAGGCAGCAAUGUUCUGGUGACAGACACAUGGAUUAGCAUGGGCCAGGAAGAUGAAAAGAAGAGGAGGCUAAAGGACUUCCAUGGGUACCAGAUCAGCAUGCAGACAGGAAGUGUAGCAGCAUCAGACUGGACUUUCUUGCACUGUCUCCCACGAAAGUCAGAAGAGGUGGAUGAUGAGGUUUUCUACUCACCACGCUCACUGGUGUUUCCUGAGGCUGAAAACCGCAAAUGGACCAUUAUGGGCUUGAUUGUGUGUAUCCUGACUGACUACAGUCCUCAGAUCCCCAAACUGAAACUGUAAGUUUCAGAACUGAACUCCAGAACAUACAACACAGGACUCCUUCAGUAAUUCAUUUCUUAUCGACCACGCCCGAUAUAAAGAGAGAGAGCAGAGGAAGA